UUUCCAGCAGCGCUGCGAUCAUGGCAGACGUAGUGGUCGCGGAGCAGAAAGCGGUCCAGGAGCCGGAGCUGAACGGGGAGGCGGAGGACCGGGAGGAGGCCGACCCGGUGGAGGAGACGGCGAAGAAGAAGAGGAAAAAGAAGAAGAAGAACAAGUCUGCGACGACAGGCGCUGAAGCCGAGGCAGACGGAGUGGCCGACGUGACCAAACAGCUGGAGAAGCAGGCGAUAGAGGACAAGGAGAAGGAGGAGGACGGCGAGGAAGAGGGAGAUGACGGAGAAAACUCGGCAGGGAAAAAGAAGAAGAAGAAAAAGAAGAAGAAAGGACCCAAAUCUCAGACCGACCCCCCGUCUGUGCCCAUCUGUGAGUUGUACCCCAGUGGAACGUUCCCCAUCGGACAGGAGUGUGAAUACCCCACAACUCAGGAUGGUCGCAGUGCGGCGUGGCGUACGAGCAGCGAGGAGAAGCGGGUGCUGGAUAAAGCCAACGAGGAGGUGUGGAACGACUUCAGACAGGCGGCCGAGGCCCACAGACAGGUCCGCCAGCACGUCCGCAGCUUCCUGAAGCCCGGCAUGACCAUGAUCGAAAUCUGCGAGCGGUUGGAGGACUGCUCCCGUAAGCUGAUAAAGGAGAAUGGGCUGAACGCCGGCCUGGCCUUCCCCACCGGCUGCUCCCUGAACCACUGCGCUGCCCACUACACUCCCAACGCCGGAGACACCACCGUCCUGCAGUACGACGACGUCUGCAAGAUCGACUUCGGCACGCACAUUAACGGGCGGAUCAUUGACUGUGCCUUCACCGUCACAUUUAACCCAAAGUACGACAAGCUGCUGGAGGCUGUGAGAGAUGCCACCAAUACUGGAAUCAAAAAUGCCGGCAUCGAUGUGCGUCUGUGUGACGUCGGAGAGGCCAUCCAGGAGGUGAUGGAGUCCUACGAGGUCGAGCUCGACGGCAAAACAUACCAAGUGAAGCCAAUCCGAAACCUGAAUGGUCACUCUAUCGGCCAGUACAGGAUACAUGCUGGAAAGACUGUGCCCAUCGUUAAGGGAGGAGAAGCCACAAGAAUGGAGGAAGGAGAGGUUUACGCCAUCGAGACGUUCGGCAGCACAGGAAAAGGCGUGGUGCACGACGACAUGGAGUGUUCUCACUACAUGAAGAACUUUGAUGUGGGCCACGUUCCCAUCAGGCUGCCCAGAGCCAAGCACCUGCUCAACGUGAUCAACGAGAACUUCGGCACGUUGGCGUUCUGCCGGCGCUGGCUGGACCGCCUGGGAGAGAGCAAGUACCUGAUGGCCCUGAAGAACCUGUGCGACCUGGGCAUCGUGGACCCCUACCCUCCGCUGUGCGACACCAAGGGCUGCUACACCGCUCAGUUCGAGCACACCAUCCUGCUCAGGCCCACCUGCAAGGAGGUGGUGAGCCGGGGAGACGACUACUGACACCCCUACUGCACCUCCCAACACCGCCAGCCCCCCAGCACCACCACACAGCACCUCCAGACCCCGAUAGAGAAACGAAACCAGGACGUGGUUGAAUCAGAGGACGCCAAACGCUACUGUACCCGACUGCACCACUCACAGCUUUCCAGGAAGGAGGAGCAGCCCUCUGAGUUUUCUAUCAGCUAAAAAAACACACCUUUCUGUUGGAGGAAGCAUCGUAGUUUCCUUCAGUGUCCUGUGGACCUCGUUUAGCAAAGUGUAAAAGAGUUAACUGUCAAACAGUUUAACAUGUAUUUAAGCUGCCAGUUAAUUUAGUGCAACCCCAGUAUUCAAACUACAGGGAGACCGCUGGACACCUCUUUAUACCUCGCUUUCAUUUUUCAACUUUCUGUUCCCACUCUGAGCCUCCAGCGCUUUAGUGCUCGAUUUAAACGGAGCACAAAGUUCUGCUGACGGCUCCUGGAAGUGGUCAGGUCGAUGCAUGGCCAGAAAUCUCUGCAAACAGACAAUUUGUACCAUUUAAAGAUCAGGGGUGUUGUAGAAAUAAAUGCCGUCUUCGUCCAGACACAGAGCACCCACAGCUGUAUGUCUGGCUUCUGUCGCUACGGGAGGGAACUCUGCACUCGUUGUUUCUCUGAUAUUUGUAAAAUAUCUCUGAAAUGGCUGCUGCACUGUAUGUUCCCAGUUAAAAUGCUUCAUUUUGAGCUCUCCCUGACGAUGUUUUUGUAAGAAAGAAAAAGAUUAAAAUAAUUUUGCUCAUUGUG